AUGCCUCCGUCUGCCUUGCCCGACUUCGAAGGGACUCCUGUCUUCAUUGGGAAGCAGGCUUCCUGGAAAGAAAAGCCCACGGACAUGGCUGCACCGACAGUCUCUAUUACUCGUCCUGUGCAGACCUUCAGUCCACCCCUGUCCCGUUUUAUUUCAAUGUGCCACCCCCUUGAGAAAGAGAUCAAGGCCGAAGUCGACAACUAUUUCCUCACCCACUGGGGGUUCAAGACGGACAAGGAGAGAAAGAAGUUUGUUGGUGCUGGCUUCUCCCGUGUCACUUGCCUGUACUUCCCGUUGAGCAAGGACGACCGCAUCCACCUUGCCUGCAGGCUCCUGACCAUUCUGUUUCUGGUUGACGAUAUUCUAGAGGACAUGUCUCUCGAGGACGGCCGUGCCUACAAUGACAAACUUAUUCCCAUUGCUCGCGGGGACGUCCAGCCGGAUCGGUCUGUCCCCGUCGAGUGGAUUAUGUACGACCUGUGGGAGAUGAUGCGAGCCCAGGAUAAAGAACUGGCGGAUGAGGUCCUGGAGCCGACCUUUACCUUUAUGCGCGCCCAGACGGACAAGGCGCGAUUGUCCAUCCGCGGCAUGGGCCCAUACCUCGUGUACCGUGAGAAGGACGUCGGCAAGGCCCUUCUCUGCUCUCUGAUGAGGUACUCUAUGGGCCUCUAUGUCACCCCCGAAGAGCUGGCGUCAGUCCAAUCCAUCGAGCAGAAUGCCGCCAAGCACCUGUCUGUUCUCAAUGAUAUUAUGAGCUGGGACAAAGAGUAUGCGGCUGCUCAAACAGGCCAUCCUGAGGGGUCGGCGCUCUGUUCAGCUGUUCAGGUCUUGGCGGAUGAGACGUCUAUCACGUAUGACGCUGCCAAGAGGGUCCUCUAG